AUGGACAACUCGGUUCUCAGUAACUGGACUCAGUGCAAACUCAAUCUCGAGGCCAAUUUCCCGAACAGCUUCGCCAAUGGGCAAGCAGCAGGCAGAUAUGGCGUGUACCAUGGUGUCUUCCAUGUGGAUACACCAACGGACACAUUUUUGAACACGACAGCUUGGGGGAAAGGAGUGGCAAUAUUGAACGGGAACAAUUUGGGACGAUACUGGGCGAGCCAGGGACCGCAGUACACACUCUACGUGCCAGCGGCUUUUCUUCGAACUGGCGACAAUUCACUGCUGCUGCUUGAACUGGAAGGCACUCACAACUGUGACGACUCGUUCUGUUUCGUAUCAUUCGUGGAGCAGCCCAUUUAUGUGUGGAACUCCACCACGUCAAAGGGUGACUUCACCUCAACCACCCGACAUCAUACUGUGCUUUCGGACUGA